GACGUCAGGUAUCCUUCACAAUCGUAGUUUACAGAAGAGGAGGAUAUUACGAGGCAUGUCAGUGCAAUUUAUUGACAGCACUGGCAUCCGACACAGACAGCUGCGCGGUUUCCUGUGGAGGGGAUAAUUCAUUGUCAAUUUGAAGAUGCUAACAGUACCACUAUUGUUGCUGGAUGUAGCCAUCUCUUAUCCCCUCGCAUUUCUCACAUUUUCUCUAGUCCUGCGUCCCCAUUCUCGAAGACCACCACUUCGAGGCUUCGUGCGAUUCCAUACCCCCAAUUCAUCAUCUGUUUUCUCUAAUAUAUUUCCCCCCUUCUUUUUUUUUGUUUUUUCUUUUCUUUUUUUUUAUACUUCCUCCUUUCUCCUUUUUCCUUCCCCCCUCUCCUUCUUUUCCUUUUUCUUUUCUUCAUUUUCACUUUGUUCUUCAUCUUUCCCUUUCGUUCCCUCCCCAAAUGGCUUGGGAUCUGGGUUCUCGUCAUUGUUGCCCGCUGUCCACUGCCGAGAAAAUGAACCCAAAGGACACCCAUUCUGACAUAGACACGGAAACCACACAUGGACAGAGACAGGACCAGAGACAGAGAUAGA